AUUACAGUUUAGAAGAGUAUGCUGCGCUAGUUGAACGGGUAAAAACCCUGGAAAAUAAGGUUCAGAGUAUCUUAGGGCAUCAGUCAAAUGCGAACAUACAGAAUCGACAUUCUCCAUCAGAACUUACCAGCAGCAGUACCCCGUCGGGUAGGAUGUUGGUAAAACGACCACCUCUGGUAGAAGGGGAAACAUCAUUCAAGAUCCAGGCUUUACGUGCAAGUCAGGUUGAAGAGCUUAAAUCGCCGGCUGCACAGCAAUCGCCUGCAGUUGUCCAGGAACUGGCCAAUCUAAGAGAUGCGCUCCAGGAUCAAGAGACCACAGGGGUAGAUAAGGGUAAUGUAGAGUCAGACGAGCUUGAACAAACACAUGCGCUUGAUGUUACGCUUCCACCACCGACAUUUGUUAUGCAACUGCUACAAUUACUGGCUGACGAGAGAUAUAUGAAUCUCGUUCUCUUUAAUUUCUGGGGCGUUGAAAACCUUGCAAGCUUUCGCGAUCUGUGCAAGUCCACAUAUUUCAACACCGAACCAUUGACAGUAACACAAAAGACUUCAUUCAACGGAAUCAUCAGCCUCAUUCUGAGAGAAAUCGGAACUGAGGACAGACCAAAUCUGGAUAAUGGAGUCCUAAGUCGCAUGCGGGACCUUUGUGAAAAGAACUUCUGGGCGGGUGUUGAAACCUACAGAGUCGUGUCUAUUGCCACAGAAGAGCAUGUCAACAUCCUGUUCCUUGCGGUUGUACAAGUUUCGAGUAUGGGGACAUUGCCUCUUCAAUGGAGCCUGACAACAGCUGCUGCUGGACACUGUCUGACUCUAGGCUACCAUCGGGAAAAGAGGCUUUUGCAGCUUCCGAGCCCCAAGGCCGAGAGGGCACGCAGAACCUUCUGGCACAUCUACAUGGCAGACAAGAACCUCUCGCAACGCUUAGGACGUGCCUCCACCAUUCAUGAUUGGGACGUUGAUGCAGAGCCGUGCGCGAUAUCUAGCGACCCCAGACAAGCCCCUUGGGAUUUGACAUUCAAAUCAUUUAUUGAAAUGAGUCGAAUACAGGGUCAGAUCUACGAGAAACUUUACUCGCCCCUGGCAAAGGCACGCGGCAUCAGAGAAAGAUUGGUGGAAGCCAACAAACUUGAUUCGGAACUCUGUCGGUGGUAUAGCGAGUGGGCUCAGAUAGAUAGCUCCGCUGCCUGUGGUAAAGAUCGGCUUGACAUGACCUUCUCCCCCGUUGACAUCGUGUAUCACUCUUUGCUCACCCUCAUACACUGGAACACCAGUUCUUCCGGGUCUGCGAGGGAUAUCUCAGAGGCAUGCUAUGAAGCAGCACACCGAAUGCUGCGGGCCCAUCUUACGCACUACCCUGGGUUGACUGCUUCGGGCCACAAGGCCUCAGCAAUCUAUGCGAUCUGGGUUCUCCAUGCCACGUCUUUCACGCCGUAUGUGGCUGUAUUUCUGCACUGCGUUGCUAACCUGAAUUUUGAUGACCUCAGGCUUCUUCAGGAGGUAUUAUACACACUUGAAAACAUCGGGACGGAUCUCGAAUUCUCCCAGAAGUUAUUCAAGCUCUGCAGAGCCCUAUGCCGAAUUGCUGAAGCCUUUCUGGAGGAUGAGGCCCCUAUGACAAAUGCCGUCCCAGACGCGUCAAACUCAGCCCAUUUAACACGGCAAGGCCCAUUACCAGAUACUUGGGCAUGGCUGGGCUCGCAAAUCACGGAUCCGGAUGGUGUCAUAGAUCUUGACUUGGACAAUCUGGAUGAAACCUUGUUUAGCCAUGGCUUCUAGGCAUGUCGGAGAUCCAUGUACCCCGUAGAGAAGCCAUAGCUUCGUCUGGAUUCAGGGACGAAUUUGUCAGAAUCGGAUUUCUAAGCAGAAGAAGAAAGAACUCGGGGUCGGAGGGAAACUAUAAUGCUUGGCACCAAAACCCGUGGA